CUCAUAUCCAUCAUUAACAAGUGUAGCGUGCGUGCGUGCUUGCUUCUUCGUACACUGUGGGUCAGUGGCUCACUUCACUGAAGCUAGCUACCACGUCGUCCUCUCGUCUUCUUCCUCGCGCGCAAUCAAUUAGCCGGAGCAAUGCCGACGGUGCGGCGGCGGAACCCGGAGGUGCACGUGAAGGCGCUGGAGGGCAUCGUGUCGGCCAACACCUUCUUCACGGUGGCGGUGUUCAUCGGCAUCACCGGCACCAUCACGCCGUCGUCCUCCAUCCCGCCCGCCUGCGUCGCCGGCGACGACAUCGCCCGCAACUUCUUCCUCUUCGAGAUCCUCUCCUUCGGCUUCUACCUGCUCUCCAGCCUGGUCGCGCAGGGCAUGAAGCUGGCCGUCACUCUCCUCGCCACCGACGACUUCUACGGCGAGGGCGACCAGAAGCCCCCGCUGUCCGACGACUGCGAGGAGAUGCCCGCGUGGCGCGCCGCCGCGCCCCGGGAGCGCCGCCGCACCGUGCUCCGCUUCGCGCGGCCGAUGAUGCUGCUGGCGGCCGGCUGCUCCAUCAUGGGCACCUUCUUCCUGCUGCUCUCCAUGGUGGACGCCAUCCAGCUCAAGUUCGGCCUCGUCUCCUGCAACAUCCCGCUCGCCGUCGGCACCACCUUCGCCCUCGCCGCCCUCGUCGUCGCCGGCCUCGUCUUCUACGGCGCCACCGUCGCCUACGCGCUCACGCACUACCUGCCCUGAUUACUCAGCUAAAUUAAUCUCUCCUCCUCCUUCUUUUGUGCUUAGUUAAUUUCGGUUUUUAAUUUUGCAGGAAAUGUACAUGCUUUUGGUUUCUUUGUCACGUGAAAAUCAGAGAUGCAUGGUGUUAAUUUUCUCAUAGUUUAUAAAUAUCUGAAUAUUCACAGCAUCAUAUCAUGAUUGACAUUAUUGGAUUCUUCUAGUUUUGUUUUUCUGAAAAGUGGUGAUAGACAAAGAGUAUGUUUGAAGGAAUUGGUAGCUUGCAGAUUCAGAGAAUCAUUAGGAUCGAUUUAAUAUUUUAAUUAGUCAGCUUCAUACAUGUGCACAGAUUGACCAUUGCCAGUUAAUUGGUGGAUAAAUAAGUACUAGUAGUUGAGAAGAUGAUCCAAGCCAUUACACUCACACAAAGCAGAGUACACAACAGUAGUAGAAGCAGAGCUGCCAAGUUACCUUUGCGCUUUGUGUUAUGCAUUACUCCACUACUUCAAUCAACGACACUGCUUCUUGUAAUUUUGUUGUGUCUACAAACUGUCAAGCUUUGUGAUCAGUUUACAACUUAAAAAUGGUAAAGAAAAGUUUACACUGUAGGAGAAGCACAAAA